AAACGUGACCUAUGAUUGCUGCUCACUAAGUGUUACCCAAAUCGUCAGAGUGAGGGGGAGGCGGAGGGUGAAUGUGAACUUCCGGAUGUCUCCAAUUGCUUCUGAUCCUGUCCACUCCAUUACCAAGAAUAGCACUCCAUGUAUCUUGGAGUAGAGGGAGGAGGAGGGAGCUCAGCCAGUCAUCUAUGGAUUGGUGCCCCAAACAACAAGACCGGCCGAGAGGGAAGAGCGGAGGCCGGAGGGGUCAGCUCUUGCACUUGUCAGGGGAGGCUAGUCUAGGCUAGGGGAUCUCUGAUUGCCUCCUAUCCUCUCCUAGCCCUGCCCUGCCGCAGCGCAACGACUCCGAAAUCUGAAUCGCCGCCUCCCUCCGCCAUUCGCGUCAGUGACAUCUAUUCCUUCAAUUCAUUCAGUCAGGCGACAGCCCAUGCCCUUCACACAAUCAAAAUCGAAUGUUGGUUACACAACUGGAAAAAUAACGCACACCCCGCAACAUACUAGGCACGUCUUUAUCUCGGAUCAGUAUUCGGGAGUAAGAACGACAGCGCAUUGCCAGGAUAGAAAUCGUCCUGAUGUUCUUCGUAAGUCUGGCAUUUAGACCAGGCUGACAAUGUCAGCUUCCGAGUUCAGGAUUCCAUACCAGCAAGUUUCACCUUCGCAGCCUGCUGAGAAUGUAAAUCAGUUUAAGACCUGUCGAUGUGGGGAGGGAGACCCGAACUCCACUUCUGAAACUGGUGACAGUCCACCGGCCUCUUGUCCUAAUUGCCAGGUCCUUAAGAGUGGACAUUUACUACUUUCAUCUAAAGGAAUUGGAUGGACAUCAUGGAAAAAGCGCUGGUUUGUUCUUACGAGGGCAUCCCUAGUGUUCUUCAGAAGCGACCCUAAUGUGCCGCCACCCAGAGGAGCUGAACCAAUUGUUACACUUGGUGGAAUUGACUUGAAUAAUUCUGGAAGUGUCGUCAUCAAAGAAGAAAGGAAACUUUUGACAGUGUUCUUUCCUGAUGGCCAUGGUGAACGAACUUUCACUCUGAAGGCAGAAACCACAGGAGAUCUAAAUGAGUGGAGAAAUGCACUGGAGAGUGCUAUAGCUCAGGCACCCAGCAUAGCAAAUACAAUGGGGCAAAAUCCAAUAUUCAGCACUGAUGUAGAAGCAGAAUCUGCUGAAUCUCCAGCUGAACAUUGUAAGCUAUUUGUUUGUGGUGCAGCGGAGGACCGUUCUGUUAUUGGCAGACCUGCAAAAUUUGCACUUGUAGAUGCUGAUGGUAGUCCAUCAUUCUUGGAGAAGGCCCUGAAGUUCAUUGAAGAUCAUGGGAUCAAGGUAGAGGGCAUCCUGCGUCAGUCUGCUGAUGUUGAAGAAGUCAAACGCAGAAUUAGGGAUUAUGAAAAGGGGAAAAACGAGUUCUCUCCAGAAGAGGAUGCUCAUGUUAUUGGUGACUGUAUUAAGUAUGUUCUUCGAGAGAUGCCAUCAUCUCCAGUUCCUGCAUCAUGUUGCACUGCUCUGGUUAAAGCAUACCGAAGUGACAAGGCAAGAAGACUUGAUGAGAUUAAUAGAGUGAUAAAUGAAGUUUUCCCAGAACCAAAUCGACAAUUGUUGCAGAGGACUCUUAAGAUGAUGCAAGUUGUUGAGUCACACAAAGCUGUGAAUAGAAUGUCUCAAUCUGCUUUGGCAGCUUGCAUGGCACCACUACUUCUUCGACCUCUUCUUCUUGGAGAAUGUGACAUAGACAAUGAAUUUAGUAUGGGAGGGGAUAGUUCAUUCCAGCUACUUCAAGCUGCUGCGGCUGCGAAUCAUGCACAGGCUAUUGUUAUUAUUAUGAUGGAGGAAUUUGAUCAGAUAUUUGAUGACUCGGAAGAAGGUUCCUGUUCUUCAGAUGCUUAUACGGAGUCUGAGGAUGAUGUUGACAAGGAAUAUUCCACAGAUAAUGACACCCAUGAUGACGAUGGUUCUUAUGAUUCUGGUGAAGAUGACAUUGAAGAAGAUUUGGACUACUCUGAUGACAGUGAACAUGACAGUAAGAUCAACGCUAAUAUCAAGGAUGGCAAGGUUAAAAACAAUAUCUCAGAAACUGCAGAAGUUGCACAGGCAGAGGAUACCUCUCCUAUGGAUAUCAAUAGUCAAUCCAACCAGAAGCAAGAAUCAUGUGGACCGAAUGGAUCCAAAGAUCGUAUACUAAGAUCAACUUCUCGUUCAUCAUCUUCCAGAGAAAAAACUAUGGAGAAAUCAUGCAGUUCAGCACACAAGGGCAAAAGAACCUUAUGGGGCCGUACUUCAGCAAGAAAAGACCUGUCAACAGAGGAGAUUGAAUGCUGCAGCGAUGAUGAGGCCCUUGUUGAGAAACUUGAGAGUAACAAGAUUGAUCUCCAAUCAAAAAUUGCAAAGGAGGCCAAAGAAAAUGCAAUCCUAUGGUCAAGUCUAGAAAAACGGAAAGAAGAACUACAUGAGCGUCGUUUAGCACUUGAAAAAGAAGUUGAAAAUUUGAGGGACCAGCUGAAGAGGGUGAUGAAUUUGCGAAGGGGGCAGGUGUCCUCGCCUUCAACAAUAGACAGCAAGGUCAGGGGCCAGCAGCUGUGCUGUGAAUCAUGCAACCAACGUCUCCUAAAUACAGACAGGCUUAGCGGACCUGAAAGCUCAUCAGUGGAAGCGUCACCGACUGUUGGGAGUGAUCCUGCAUUUGACAUGGGUGAUAUCGAGCAAUCAAGGAAGCAAGCCGCACAGCAUUCGCCUUCUUCAAGAGACAAGCCAAGUCACGAGGCGGUCGGGGGCAUCACCCAGAGGGCUCCUCAAAGAGGGCAUUCGAUUGCCAGGGAGGGCCAAGAUGGGUCGUCGUCGUUGUCAUCCUCUAAUUCGAAGUGGAAUCUUGCGCAGAAACAAUAUUCAAAUAGCCCAUUGAUAAGAGGGCUUCAUGUAUCCAGCAGACUAGAGGAUUUCGGUGGAAGCAUAUCACCAGCAGCGUCAUCGGCAUUAGCCAAGCUGACGAACCGGCUCAACUUCCUGAAAGAACGGAGGGCGCUGCUGGCAAGCGAGAUGCAGAGCUUGGAUUUGGGUCGGCCCCCAACAGUGAAGUCCCCAACACCAAAAGGCCAUGAAAGCAAGAAUAGUUGAUGUUAGUCUGUUCCUGUCGUGCUCUUCUGAAUGCUAGAUAGCCUUAUGAUUAAAACCAGCAGUGUAGUUUGUGUGCAUCCCGUUCUCAUCCAUGUAGUGCUGUCUGUACAUGUUUCCACAAAAUUCUGCUGCUUCAAACUUGCAGAUACAUAUAGAUACAGAUUGAACGUGUCAGCUGCUAGUAGGCUGCUUUGUUGAACACACUACACACCAAGCACUAGCUGUUCUCAUUGCUGAAUGGAUCGUGGCUCAAAGCACUCUUCACUGA